CCUGCCGCGCCCCUCCCUCUCCCGCCGGCCUCCGCGCCCGCAGUCCAAGAUGGCGGGAUCCAGGCGAAGUGGUCCCAGGGCCAGAGCUCGGCAGCUUUCGUGCACCUUGCUUCUGCUGCUCAGUCACUUCGUCGGGGGCGAUGGCACGGGAGGCGACCCCGCGACUGCCGGCUCCCCGGGCACCCCGGCCGCGGUGCUGCAUCGCCGUUUCGAAUACAAAUACAGCUUCAAGGGGCCGCACCUAGUGCAGAGCGAUGGGAACGUGCCCUUCUGGGCCCACGCGGGGAAUGCUAUUCCAAGUUCAGAUCAAAUUCGAAUAGCACCAUCUUUGAAAAGCCAAAGAGGGUCAGUGUGGACAAAGGCAAAGGCAGCAUUUGAAAACUGGGAAGUAGAGGUGACAUUUCGAGUGACUGGAAGAGGUCGAAUUGGAGCUGAUGGGCUGGCAGUUUGGUAUACAGAAAAUCAAGGCUUGGAAGGUCCUGUCUUUGGAUCGGCUGAUAUGUGGAAUGGUGUUGGAAUAUUUUUUGAUUCUUUUGACAAUGAUGGAAAGAAAAAUAAUCCUGCUAUAGUAAUCAUAGGCAACAAUGGACAAAUCCACUAUGACCACCAAAAUGAUGGUGCCAGUCAAGCUUUAGCAAGUUGCCAGAGAGAUUUUCGUAAUAAACCCUAUCCUGUCCGGGCAAAGAUUAUAUAUUACCAGAAAACACUGACAGUAAUGAUCAAUAAUGGCUUUACACCUGAUAAAAAUGAUUAUGAAUUUUGUGCCAAGGUAGAAAAUAUGAUUAUUCCCACACAAGGGCAUUUUGGAAUAUCUGCUGCAACGGGAGGCCUUGCAGAUGACCAUGAUGUUCUUUCUUUUCUGACUUUCCAAUUGACGGAGCCUGGAAAAGAACCACCUACACCAGAUAAAGAAAUUUCAGAAAAAGAAAAAGAAAAGUAUCAGGAGGAAUUCGAGCACUAUCAACAAGAAUUGGACAAAAAAAAAGAGGAAUUCCAGAAGGACCAUCCUGACCUCCAAGGGCAGCCUACUGAUGAAGUAUUUGAGAGUGUAGGAGAUCGUGAGCUGAGACAAAUCUUUGAAGGACAGAAUCGGAUUCAUCUUGAAAUCAAGCAGCUGAACCGACAGUUAGAUAUGAUUCUCGAUGAACAGAGAAGAUACGUCUCUUCCUUGACAGAGGAGAUCUCUAAAAGAGGAGCAGGGAUCCCAGGGCACCACGGGCAGAUCCCUCAGCAGGAACUAGAUACUGUUGUGAAAACUCAGCAUGAGAUUCUGAGACAAGUAAAUGAAAUGAAGAAUUCCAUGAGUGAAACUGUCAGACUGGUGAGUGGGAUACAGCACCCGGGCUCCGCCGGAGGCGCGUAUGAGACAACGCAGCACUUCAUGGACAUCAAGGAGCACCUGCACGUAGUAAAGAGGGACAUAGAUAACUUAGUGCAGCGAAAUAUGCCAUCCAAUGAAAAACCGAAAUGCCCAGAACUACCACCAUUUCCAUCAUGUUUGUCUACAGUACACUUUGUUAUAUUUGUAGUGGUACAAACAGUGUUAUUCAUUGGUUAUGUCAUGUAUAGGACUCAACAAGAAGCAGCCGCCAAAAAAUUCUUUUGACCACCAUUUUCAUAUGUGUUAAUCAUGUAUGUAUGUACAAAAUGUCUUUUUGAGGGAAUUUAAGUAUUUAAAUUGCUUCAUAGUCUAAAUUAUUAAGUUUUGUAUAAAAACUAUUGAAACAUUGAUUUUCAGUAAGAAUAAACAUUAAAACAAAGAAAACCACAUGUAAAUUUGUUGAUAGCACUUAAACGUGUUCAAAUUUCAGUCCAUAGAUUGCAACCACUGAACAGAAUAUUGACAAGUAAGAGCUUAAAUAAUAGAAAACAAGGGACAUCCCCUAGUUAUGAGUGUUACCCUAAGUCUCCAGUAUUUGAGAUUUCUUUAUUUAGCAUAAACACAUUUGCCUUCACGCUUCCCAGUAUAUGAGGUCAAAUUAAGAGUUCCCUGUCAUAUGUAUUUUGUAAACAAAGUCUUUUUUUAGGGGUCAGAAUUUUCUAACAUAAGACCAGUCCUGCAGUCCUUUAAUAUUAACACAGCACCCUCUGAAAUCAAAGAAUAUUUUGUCUGAGAGCUUUAGGAUGUAAAUAAUGGGCUUCAGAAUAUUUAGUGAAAUGCUUUUUUCUCUUAUUACCAAUGCUAUAUUUUACUUUUAAAGAAAAUUUUUGGGAAAAAAAAUAAGAGCUGCUUUUUGCCUUAAAAAAUUGGGUAUUUUGUCUGGGAAUACAUUUAUUUCAUGAUGGCCCGUAUUUCUCAUUGUCUUCAUUCCAAUUUUAUAUCAGCUAAUAUUGUAAAAACAAUUUUUAUAUUAGUAUUUUUAAUUUAAGGAUUUUAUUUCUCCCAUUUUGUCCAACCUGUAAUUCAGCUCAGAUUGCAUGUUCUGAAGAUAUUUUAAAUUCACAAAACAUACCUGCAACCCAGGGUUUUUAACUAGUUGUGUAUUCUUUUAAAUCAAGGAGCUUGUUUAAAUAGCAGUUUUAAGAUUUUUGAAGGGAAAAUUUAAAAAUAGAAUAUAUACUUCUGAUUUAUUCCUUCUAAUGUUGGAACUAAGGAUGCUGUGAAGCACUUGUUAGUAUACUCACCAUGGGAUGGUGAGGGUGGGGAGGAAGUUUUACAGUCUUUGUACAUAGUUCUAGGUGUUAGAGAAAGCAGGUGUAAAUGACAUUUUAAAUACAAAUUUAAUUGUUAUUCUCACAGCUCCUAUAGACUUACUUUUCCUGGCUGUCUUUCAUGUAUCGUAUGAUCCACAGUAAUACUGUUUUAAAAACCAGAACUGUUGAAUUCUUUCAAGCGUUCCUCAUUUUGUUCUCAAAUGUCAUUUACAAAUUGGACUGGCAACCUGAAAGCUAUAUAAAAAUUUAGUGAAGAACUCUGUAUUACGGCAGCACUAGCUAGAAUUGUGUGUACAAUCUCAUGUUGCUUUUUGUUAGCUUUUCCCCUAGAACUCUGAGAGAAAAUAUACCAGUGAGUCACUUUACUUCAGUCACUUGAGCAUAUAAAAUGCUCCUCUCACACUUCUCCUCUGUAGUAUUAACAUUCUGAAAUUCAUGUUUCAGAGACGGCAUCAUCACAGAAUUUACUCGUAUUCCAUGAAAAAUAUUAAUACCUUCAGAAGAAUGUUUAAGUUGUAGACUAUGAACCUUGGGAAAUCCUCUUGAGAUAAAAGGCUGCCAAAUCCAGUAUUAUAAAGUCCAUGGUCACAUGUGGCUGAACAUUAAA